AACAAGGCUAUCGAGCAGUCAUCAUUAUCCAUUUCUCCCAUCAUGACACAUCAGAUCCAAGGCCCCUUCCCACCACCACCACCGCCUCCUCAUAUGCAUAACGCCAAUCCUGACCAACAUCUCGGGCGACCAUCCAUGCCGCAUUCACAUUUUGAUGGUCCCAGAUUCAAUAGUCAAACGUCUCUUUCCGACCCACAAUUGUCGGGAUGGACCAUCGAAAAGCCAUACAACGCCGAGACCUGGGAAGCAGCCCAACCCAGACAGCUGCAUCUUCCCUUUGAAGACCUCAAAGAUGAAAUUUCCAAGUUUCGACGAAGACAGGUUUCCAUAAAGGAUACACUCAAUACGAUCAAAUCUGAGACCGCACGCAAUAUGCCCAACCGAAUUGUCGAGGAGCAAAACGAGAUACUCUGGCAGACCAACCCGACCAUUCAGUGGACAAUCGCGAGCAUAUACGUUGUCAAAGACGUGAUAAAAGACUGGCCUAGCAAACAAAGAAAAAAGCUUCGACGCGUCGAUGUCUUCCUUAGGACAGAACCUCUACCAAUGUCCAAAGUUCCAAGAGAGUUUGGUAUGACGGGUCAAGAUCCCCGUCAAAUGGGUCGUAAUCGGCCAACAGAACAGGCGCACCGUGGUUUCCAGAAUCGAGGUAUACCGCCUAUGACUGGUCAACCACCGAACCAUUACCCACAUGACAAUCAGAAUGGCAAUGGGACCGUUCCUCUCCUCCCGCCUCCCCCGAUGGACCAUCCAAUGCAACCACAAGUAGUACAACCGCUCCCAGCAUAUCAAGCACCGCGACAGAUGACCGGCAAUUUCCCGCAGGGGAAUGUAUUGCCAGACAAGCACGGCAAACAGGACUUCCGUGACAAGCAAGGCAAGCUCGACAAGCACGUCAAGCACGUCAAGCACGACCAUCACGACCAUCACGACAAACACGACAAACUGGAAAAAUCCGGAAAACUCCACAGGCAAUCUAUCGAGAUCAUAAGAGUGAACGAUGAGAAAGAAUCAAAGGGUAAAGGGAAAGGGAAAGGUGCCCGAGGCGAAGUCCACGCCAAGCAACGCAUCGACUCCGACUCUGACAGUGACUCAGAUUUCAGUUUCAGAUCGGUCGAGGAAGGUGCUUAUGGUCUUAUUGAACGUUCGCAGAGUCGUAGCCGUCGUCUUAGUCGUGAUCAUGAUCGCAAUCGUAUAGUUAAGCACAGAGACGAAAGUCGAGGAAGAUAUAGCAUGGACCGUCCUCCCAUGGGCAAGUACUCGAUGUCAAAGGAUGCAUCGCCCCGUUCUUCGUCGAGCGUCAUUCCACCGCAGAAUAUUUUCAACAUCCGCAUUGACAACGACACCGAACGUGAACGCGCUGUUGAUGUGACUCGUGAGCAAUAUCACCGAGACGCACGUCGAUCGAGCCAUUCCAUCUCGCCAACUGGUUUCUACAAUCCAUUUAGGUCGCGAAACUCCUCUGUCGGAGACAGCGACACAAGCUCUUACAUCGAUAGCGGCUCUUCAAUCUAUUCUACUGCCGGCGACAGUGUCUUUUCUGAGCCUAUCAUGAUGCGAAAAUAUCCCCAUUACCGCUCACGAGCACCGGCCUACUUGGAGUUUGAUGAUUAUCCUCGUCUGCGUGAUAGGGGUCCUUACUAUCACAACAGUACCAAACCGCCAUCUCCAUCUACGUGGCAUGCUCGACCCUCCAGCCGUCGUCACAGUAUGCAAGUUGAUAAUCGAUUUGCGGCAUCUCGCGCACCUUUCCCGCGCUCAAACUCGUACGCUGACGGGGAUUCUCGGGAUAUGAGAUAUGUACAUCCCAUACCUGGAUUAAUCGCCCAAAGCGAGCGCGAUCCGUACGAUAUGCGAGAUUUGGCGGAUGCUGUACCUUAUGUAAGUCACAAAAGCAGGAGACGAGGUGGGUCAAAGGGAUCACUACACGAUGAAUGGGCGCAACGACCGCGAUAUGAUACGAGGGGCUACCCAACAUAUGGGGGUUAUAGACAUUAA